CCACAACUGUCACACCCUUCGAAAAACGAAAGCCCUCCUCUCCCCUGGUAACCAAGGCCUUUCCACUGAUGGAUGAAGAAGCAGUUCAGCUCGUGGAACGUAUUCAGUCUAUUAUCCGUACGAAAGCACCAGAAGCCAUCCCGCUUCUCGAAAUUUCAUCAAACAUGGAACAAGCUUAUCUUCCUUCGGGACCGUAUGCUGAGAAGGGCUUUUGCGUGAAGAACAUCCCUGUAGGCUUCAACGACUGGGACAUCUUCCACCUUUUCCGAAAGUUUGGCAUUGUACACAACGUCAAAAUACCGACCAAGCAAGGUCAUACUAAUUGCAAAUAUGGCUUUGUUGUAAUGGAAGACUUCAAUGGGGUAGAUGAAGUUCGUAAUCAGUUGAAGAAUGGGAAAUUUCUUGCUGCCAACGGUGUUUGUCUGCAGGUCUCUAGUGUUCAUCAUGGUGAACAGCCACGACCACGCUUAGAAAAUGGUGAAAGUAGUUCUCGCCCUCCACUCAAAGAUUUGCAACACAGUGGUCCGGGCAAUUCCGGCAGGAAUCGGGUUGCUGACAGACAACCUGCUCAGAAACCAACACAACCAUCAACCUCCGUGAAAUGCUUCCCCCAGGAUCUCCCGCUUGAUUGCCCUGUGAACGUUCGGGUUGUUGAUUCGCCUUACCCUUCUGAUGAGAAAGACUUUGUUUUCCAUGUUAUCCCUGUUGAGCAGAAACUUGGAGAGGAGUAUGCUGUGCUUCAGCGUGAAAUGAACAAAUACUGCUUGACAAACCCCAAUCUUCCUGAGGUACCUCAGAUUGGAGAGUAUGCCCUAUUCGGACGAGCAUCGAUUGCAUAUAGGGCGCUGUGCAAUAGCGAGGAAACUAUGUAUCUCGUGGAUACCGGUGAAACUGUAGCUAUGAAUAAAUCCCAACUAUGGACGAUGACACACGCUUUUUCUCGAUUACCUACUUUGGUUAUUCCUUGUAAAAUUUCCAACAUUGAGUGGAAGAAUCCGAGUGCGACGACAUUUGACAGAUAUAAAAAGGCGCUAAGUGUGUGGUCCAGAUCACUCUCGACAGGCCUAAAAGCAACUGCGUGUGGCUAUGCAGGACUCAAAAAUCUGGUUACUCUGGCUGCGACUACCGAAGAUGGAAAGGAUGUCGACGACUUUGCUACUGCCAUUGCAAACAAAGGUGUGUGUACACAAACAAAGCACGAGUGUCACCGUUAUUCUCGUGAAGACGUGUUGAAUGCUAAGAUGGCGUUGAAGGACAAAGACUACGCACCUCUGAUCAACUGCAACGAGAACAUUUCGGAGAUAAUUACAAGCUUGCAGACGAUGUCUGUCGCGUGAAAUUGCUGAUACGGCUAUACAGUUACUUCGAGCUCAUCGAUCACCUUUUUUUUCUUACCUUGUAAAUUUAUCGACUAUUUACUAUGAUUUGCUCAAUCAAUCAUUGACUGAUUGGAGGUUAAUAAAUUUUGAUUUUA